AAACUUCAACCAUCUUCACAUAUCACACACAAACCCCACUUCACAAUAUCCAACACAAAACCAUUCCUCAAACUCACUCAAACCCAAACAACAAUGACAAACUUUGCUCAAUUCUACGAAUCAUGGCACACUCAAUUCAACAACCUAAUCCACCAACUCAAACUAUCAACCUCAACCCAAACCGACUCAGAAGAACUCAUCCAAAAAGUUCUCUCUCACCAUCAAGAUUACUACAAUGCAAAAUCAAUGGCUGCUGAAAAAGAUCCACUGCAUGUCUUAGCAUCUCCUUGGGCUACAACACUUGAACGUUCUCUUCAUUGGAUUGCUGGUUGGAGACCCACUACAGCUUUUCAUCUCAUCUACACUGAAUCUUCUCUUCUUUUUGAGUCUCAUAUUAUUGAUAUUCUUCGUGGAUUUAGAACUGGUGACCUUGGUGAUCUCUCUCCUAAUCAGUUUCGUCGUGUUAGUGACUUGCAAUGUGAUACUGUGAAAGAAGAGAAUGCAAUAACGGAGGAGCUAUCAGAGUGGCAGGACAGUGCAAGCGAUAUGAUGGGUUCAGAAGCUGAUAUCAACGACAAGAUCGAACGGCUGGUAAGUAUUAUCAAGAAAGCUGAUGAUCUACGGCUGAGAACGUUGCGCAGUGUGGUGGAGUUCCUGUCGCCGCAGCAGGCUGUUGAGUUCUUGAUUGCUUCAGCUGAGUUGGUUGUUGGGAUACGGGGUUGGGGAUUGAAUCACGACCGUUCACGUCCUAGGAUACGAUGAAUCCUAGGAUGUGAUGAACUCUUGUUUUAUGGGUUGAAAAAUUUGUCUCUUAAUUUUGAUUUUUAUGAGAUUUAUUUAAAUCAUUGUCAAAUGAGUACUGUUGCUACUUUGUCAUUUUAUUUUCUAUUUGCAAUGUAAAACUAAAUUAAGUACUUUAAUGAA